GGGAGGGCGGGGGUUGGGGGAGGUGACGAUCGAUGAUAUUGCUGAGGCCGGGUGUUUACUGUCCAUCAAGCUGUCACGAUCCGGCUUUUUCAAACACUAACGGGCGCCGCUCGUGAGCAUCCGGAGCUGGGGGAGGGGGCGGGGCUUUGGGAAAAAAAAACGCAUCGACAAUGCGGACGCGCGAGAGAGGAGUGUGUGACGGGAGGAGGUGAUCAGGAAGCGAGGCAGACAGAGAAGGGCCGGCGCGGGGACACACUGCCGGAGGCUCCGGCUGCCUUCAACAGCACUCACUGUCGCGCGCGCGCACACAAACUGCCAAUGAUCGACUGCCAAAGCAUUGUUUGGUUGAAACCAAAAUCGCCCCCCAUUCUUUAAUAAGCAAUACGCCUGACGAUUCAGGGAGCAUCAUGCGGCUAUUCUGCUUUUUAAUGAAAAACCCCAUUCCGAAGCAGGUCGAAUAUUACUCUCGGUUUUCACCUUCUCCUCUGUCCAUAAAACAGUUCCUGGAUUUUGGUCGUGAUAAUGCAUGUGAAAAGACUUCUUUUAUGUUCUUACGAAAGGAGCUACCUGUUCGAUUGGCCAACACCAUGAGAGAAGUGAACUUAUUGCCUGAUAACCUGCUCAGCAGACCCUCUGUGCGACUCGUCCAGAGCUGGUAUAUGCAAAGUUUUAUAGAGCUGCUAGAGUUUCAGAGCAAAGGGCCUGAAGAUCCUUCUGUGUUGAAUGAUUUUCUAGAAUCUCUGAUUAAAAUCCGAAAUCGACACAAUGAUGUAGUGCCAACCAUGGCUCAGGGAGUUAUUGAAUAUAAGGAGAAGUAUGGCUUUGACCCAUUUAUUAGUAGUAACAUCCAGUACUUUCUGGACCGUUUCUACACCAGCCGUAUUUCAUUUCGGAUGCUUAUCAACCAACACACUCUGCUCUUUGGAGGUGACACAAAUCCAGCACAUCCUAAGCAUAUUGGAAGUAUAGAUCCGAACUGCAAUGUUGCUGAUGUUGUUAAAGAUGCAUAUGAGACUGCAAAGAUGUUAUGUGAGCAAUACUAUAUGGGAUCUCCAGAGCUGGAGAUUGAUGAGUUCAAUGCUAAAACAUCUGUGAAACCAAUCCAAGUGGUGUAUGUACCCUCUCAUCUCUUCCACAUGUUGUUUGAACUUUUUAAAAAUUCAAUGCGAGCUACUGUGGAACUUCAUGAAGGCAGAAAAGAAGGUUACCCGCCUAUCAAAACUUUGGUGACAUUGGGAAAGGAAGAUUUGUCUAUUAAGAUCUCUGAUAAAGGCGGCGGUGUUCCUCUUCGGAAAAUUGACCGUCUGUUUAAUUAUAUGUAUUCAACUGCACCUAGUCCCAGCUUACACCCAUCACAGGCUGCUCCUUUGGCUGGAUUUGGAUAUGGCUUGCCAAUCUCCCGCCUAUAUGCUCGUUAUUUUCAAGGGGAUCUCAAAUUGUACUCCAUGGAAGGAGUAGGCACGGAUGCAGUCAUCUAUCUGAAGGCUUUGUCAAGUGAGUCAUUUGAGCGACUUCCUGUUUUUAACAAAUCAGCUUGGCGGCAUUACCAGACCACUCCAGAAGCAGAUGAUUGGAGCAAUCCUAGCAGUGAACCAAGGGAUGCUUCCAAGUACAAAGCCAACCGGUAGUCCUGCUCUAAUCUCAACCUUGAAGACCAGUGUUCUGUGUACACCAUAUAAACUAAGCUAUAUAUGUUUAUAACCUUGGAACCAUCAAGAACAUGUGGCGAGUACAUAAUUCUUCUAUUGAUUAUUGAAGCUUCUUUAGUAAGAUGUGGAACACGUACAAGGUUAAUGGAAAAAGCUUGUAAUUCAAAUGCGGUUUUGCACUUUAGACUGUACUAGCCUUUUUUCUAAAAAGUGUUACAUGGAUGUUUUAGCCUCUAUAGUUCUAUAAUAUUUUAUUAAAAUACUCAACUGCUGAGUGCUGAAGGAACCUCUGCAGCUGAACAAUGAUUCUAUAGAGCAGCGCUUGAAAUCAAGCUUUUUAAAAUGGUCAGCAUUAUUUGUCAAAGGUAUGUAGGAACGUCUGAGUUAUUUUAAUAUACAAAAAGGUGUUGGGAAUUUCAUACAAUUUUAAACAGCUUUAUUUUUCUGGUCAACUGAGGGUUUGCUUUUAAUCCUGUUAAAAUCUGCUUAAAUUUGACUCCCAUUGUUCAAAAUUAACAGUAAAUUUGCAAAAAUAUAAGGACUCCACACAUCUUCCACUAUUAGGAAAUAGGAAAUCUUAAGACAUGAGAAAUCUAAAGAAAUGUGAAUCAGGAUGGAUUUCACUUUUUUUGGAACUAGUGCAAAAUCUGGUCUAGAUUGCGGUUCUGAAUUUAUUUUCACUGAAAGUUGCAAAAGGAUUCUUAGUAAUUGGUUUAUUCAAUGACAAUCCACUUUCCAAUGGGUGAAAGUUCAAGGGUGAAAUUGCCCAGAGUAAAAUUGGUCAGGCCUACUUGAUAGCUUGGAGGAAGCUUUUGAUUUGCAUCAUUCAAGACUGUUGCUAUUAACAGUUCAAAAAUAAAAUGAUCCUUUCUGAAAUAAUUUUCCUUAAAUUAAAAAUUUAGAGACUAUUGGUUUUAGCAGGAGAGUAUCAGAUUGCUUAUUUUGCACUCCACCAGGAUAUCAGUUUGAUCAGCUAAAAGCAAAUUUGGGGAGCAUGUGUAAACUAGUGUUCAGUUCACGACUACAAGUUUUCCACUCUGCCACAGUUGAAAGUUAUUCCCACGAGAGAAUUUCUAGCAGAUCAAUGAGGUUGCAUUUUCUAAAAGAAAUGAGAUUUGAUGUAAUAGAUAAGAGAGAUUGGGUGGACUGUGGGUGGAGAACAGUGUGUAAAUCAGGUUAAAACCAAUAGGACAAGAUUUACCUCCUAUUCUAGCUGAUAUAGGCUCAGAUCAUGUCUCUUCACCUUCCCCACAGUAAAGAUGCACAAUUCUUUUCUGUGGUUUGAUGAAUAAUUGCCAAAGAUCUACUUUUUGUCAGGGAUCUCAUGAAGAAGGACAUCAGUUGGAAUUUGUUCAGUCUCAUUCUGUAGGAAAUGAAUAUGUCAGCCCAGUCUGGAUUGCAACCGGCUCGACUGUCAAUUGCAUGCUCACAAGUGCUGUGUUUUGAAUGAUUUAUUUAUAUAGUAUUCACCAGCUGAAAGAACAAAAUGUCUCAACAAGAUGUUAAUCGCAGUUGGUGUGGGUGGGUGGUGUUCUUUUGUUUUGGCUAAUAAAAGUAUUUAUUUCCCAUUA